UCUGCGGGGUUUGGAUCCGGGUCAGUCAGGCGCGGCGGUCGCGGAGAGACGCGAAGAGCAUACGGGGCCGGAUCCCCGGGAGCACCCCAGCUGCGAGGAGUAUUAACGGGAACAUCCAUAAGAGUACAGAAACUUUCAUAAUGAAAUCUGAAGCCAAGGAUGGAGAGGAGGAGAGUCUACAAACUGCCUUCAAGAAAUUAAGAGUGGACGCAUCAGGGUCCGUCCUGUCUCUGUCUGUCGGAGAAGGCACAAGUGUCAGAGCAUCAGUCAGAGCAGCAACCGAUGACACCAAACCUAAAACCACAUGUGCAUCUAAAGACAGUUGGCAUGGGUCUACAAGGAAGUCUUCACGAGGAGCAGUGAGAACCCAGCGUCGUCGACGCUCUAAGUCUCCUGUCCUUCAUCCUCCCAAGUUCAUACAUUGCAGCACGACAACAUCUCCUCCCAGCAGCCAGCUCAAGCACAGAAGCCAGACUGAGCCACCUGACAGCAGCAGUGGGCUGGGAAUUUCAAGCCCCAAAGAGUUCAACACAGGAGAGACCUCUACUUCUCUUGAUGUUAAUCACACGGGGGCAGGCAUUGAGCCUCUGAGAAGUUCAGUUCCAAGGCUCACAUCAGAGAGUAAAACAGAAGAGCCCUCUGAUGCUACUACCCAAGUCUCCCCAGAAAGUCUUACGGCCAGCAAUCUCUCUGACUUUCGAUCUGUUUCCAAGCUAAGCCAGGGCAAGCCGUGUGUGUGUGUAGGCAAGGAGUGCCAGUGCAAGAGAUGGCAUGAUAUGGAAGUGUAUUCCUUUUCAGGUCUGCAGAGUGUCCCUCCUUUGGCCCCAGAACGAAGAUCACUUGAGGACUACUCACCAUCACUGCACACCAGAACUCUGUCUGGCUCCCCUCGAUCCUGUUCCGAGCAAGCUCGUGUCUAUGUGGAUGAUGUGACCAUUGAGGACCUAUCAGGCUACAUGGAAUAUUACUUGUAUAUCCCUAAGAAAAUGUCCCACAUGGCAGAGAUGAUGUACACCUGAUAAUGAGUAGCUGAUUCGUAUGCUUUAAACCAAUGAAGGGUUGUCAGAGGCUUAGUUAACAGCAGACCUGGUGGCCACUCUGUGAGAAGACAUCUCUUUCUGCUCACUGUGCUUGCAAUAAAAACUUCUCUUGGCAUCUCAGUUAAUCUUCAUUCUGUCAGUUUACUGAGUUCAUAAGUACCCGUUAAGGCAAGCAGGUCAAAGAAAAUGUCUCCUAAAAAUGUUCUGAGGGCUGAAGAAACCAUAAUGACUGGAGAUUGACAGCAAUGGGGAGUGUGUAAUUCUUGUAAGACAGUAUAUUUCAGACCUGCUUAAGAUAUGACAGUCAAGAAACUCCAGUGUGCUAUUGUAACUGAACUGAACACUCAUGUUGUAGAUGCCAGCCCACCAGUAGUAGAGCUUUGAAGACGCAUUUAAACUGCCUUUGGUUUAACACGGGUUUGUGUCAUUAAAGGUUUCUUAUGUUAUUGUUGAGUCAGAGAUCUAAGGUUUAGAUUCAGUUUGCAUAAACCAGGUGGCCUGUCCCAUAUUGUUUGAGGGAGUCAUUAACCUUACUAUCACUAAAUAAACCCCCGCUGGUGCUGUUA